AUGCCAUCAAGCCCUUUUCCAACAAAUCAUGUUCCAGACACGAUUGAUCUCAGAGGAGACACAAAAAUUAUUGUAUGCGCCCUUGCUGCUCCAGGCAAUCCAGUUCCUGGUCCAUUUCGUGCAGAACGCGAACGUCGAACGUUCUGGACAGCAUGUGCAAAUUGCAAGAAAAAGAACAAACAUUCCAUAGAGUAUCUUGGUUGCAAUAUUUCUUGCCUUCAAUGCAGUGAAACAUUCAAAGCCACUGAAGUAUCAAGACCUCGAAACCAACGUGCAACCACUACAGAGAAUGUUCACUCUGGAGCAAUUGUUUCAUCUCCAGGGACCAUGGUGGAACCUAGCAAAAUGACACUAACUGUGGAGACUUCUCUCCGAAAGAAGGUAAAAAGGGAGAUCCAUGCAACACAGGCUGGAGGCAAACAUAGAAACAAUCUUCAGGGUAGCUUUGAUGUACAAAAAAGAAAUACAACUAUGGAGCAUAACAUUAUUAGAGGAAAGGCUCAUCAUGAGGAGCCAGAUCCAACAAAUAUUAGAAAGAGAAUCCCCAAGGAUGAGAUAAAGAAGUUUUUGAUGUCCAAGGGGAAUAAGGUUAUUGAAGCAACAAUCAAAGGAAACAAUGUGAAAAAAAUGAAAGUGAGAAGCAAACCCCACGAUGAAGAACACAAUGGCAGCACUGAAGGACCUGUGUGUUCUAAUCAGUUUCAACAUCCCAAGACGAAAUUCCAAAUGAAAGAUUCUGCUAUGAGGAAUGCUCAACUUUAG